CGAGUCGUCAGUCUGUUGCGUCUUUCACAAAAACAGGAAGUGUUCCGAGGUGGACACUGACAGCAAGCUAAAUAGCCUACAGGCUGGUAUUACUCUUUGCUUUAGUUAAAAGAAUAGCGUGUACCACUCGCGUAGAUAUGCAACCAGGGCGCAGACAGUAACCGAUAAGUUUUGAUCGUGCCAUAUGCGUACAUUUGAACUGCGUAAGUUACAUGACUCUGAAGUUUAGCUAGCAACCGAGCUAACAUGAGUCGUGUAUAAUCGGGAGAGCUCGGCGUCAGAGAGUUCUGUCCAGUAUCCGUUUGUCCUGAUGUGCUUCCGGCCCGGCUAGCCGGAGGGUACCGAGUCCUGCCGUUAUGGAGGAGCGAAAGCUGAAGAGAAAGAGCCCCAGGACCCCCACAACCCCCGCCGCGACAGCGACAUCUCCAACACCCACAGGCGGCUCCGGCCGGAAAAACAGCACGUCCACCGGGGGGAAACAUGGAGGCUUCAGCCACGGCAUGGGGCCCCAUUCCAACCAGAGGAGCAGGAAUAGAAGGGGAGUUCGAGACAAACCAAAAUAUCAGCCAGGUUCGGGUGUUCGUCCGAACCCGAACCAAAACCAGGCAGCGCCCAUCAUUCAGCACUCGUUCCUGACUGACGUUUCUGACGUGCAGGAGAUGGAGAAUGGACUUCUCAGCCUCCUCAACGAUUUCCACUCAGGGAAACUCCAAGCUUUCGGUAACGAGUGCUCCAUUGGGCAGAUGGAGCAUGUGCGGGAGAUGCAGGAGAAGCUGGCCCGCUUGCACUUUGACCUUUAUGGCGAAGCAGAUGAGAUGCCAGAGGACCAGAGGAAAACAGCCCGGGACACCAACAUGGAUAAGUUGCUUCAGAAUCUGGAGGAGCUCAGCUCUUCCAUCCAGAAACUGAACUUGACCGACAGCCAAGAGACCCCGAGGACCGCCAGCGUGUGACCUCCGAUGCGGAUGAUACCAACCUUAUCUUACUAAGCAUCCACAUGCAAGUAGUUUAGCCACGAAUACGCUUAUUUCCCAUCCUGUCUGACUGAUCACCAGCACGGUGUCCUGUAGAGGGAACUCUACGGCAGCCAAAGUGAUUUGAACCACUCCACGACAGAUGCAAAGCACUCUGUUGCACUUUAUAUUAUUAUUACUUGUUCCAACUUCCAGGCUGAUCAGCGCGUCACCCAACAGGUUUGUCAAAGUUUGUCCUCGCAGAGCCAAAAAAAGAUGUUGACUUCACAACCAUGCCUUAUCAGAAUCAUUUUUUUGUAAUUACUUUUUGCACAUGCACUUGUGACUUCUGUGAUUGUCAUUCUCAGCCAUCAUUUGGCUGGGAUUAUUUUUACAUUAUGGAAAGCUAAAGCACGCAUGCUGAUUUAUUUUGAUUGAUUUACCAAUAAAAUGUGGAUUACUUGAUCCUGAAAUAUGACCUCAGAAACAUCCUUCAGCUUCUUGGUAAGAAACUUUAAUAAUGUCAUUUUAGGAGCAUAAAGUUGAAAUAUUGAAGAAAAAUGUUUUUUGUUUUUUUUAAGUCGUAAGAUUAUGAUUAGAGAAACAAAGUUGGAAUUUUUGGAAAUUUAGGUUGUGGAAACACUUAUAAUUUUACACGAAUAAACUCAAACUAUUAUAGGAAUGUAAUCAUAAUUAGCAAAAGAAAAUGUAGUUGAAACAGUUGGAAAAAAUGGAAUGUAAAAAAUUGGAUUCUAACAAGAAAAAAAGUCAAAAUUUUACAAGAAUAAACUGGUAAUAUGAGGGAAAAUUAUGUCAUUUUCUUAGCACAGAGUUGAAAUAACAAAAAAAUACAUAAUUUUUCGAAGUCGUAAUGUCAUGAGAAACAAAGCAAAAUAAAGUUAUUUUUGGAACAUUAGUUUUUAAUACUGUGGCAAUAAAGUCAUAAUACUGCGAAAAGAAAAUUUACAAAGAUUAUUUAAGAAGUAAGUUGAAAUAUUUGGGAAAUGUAUUAAAAAGCAAAAAUGGGAAAAAACAACAGCGUAUCGGCCAUAUAUAUGAAAAAAAAAUCAGAGGUUUUGAGAAUAAAUUUGUAAAUUUAUGAGACAAAAAAUCGUAAUAUUACAAGACGUACAAGUCGUAAAUUUAUGAGAAAAAAGUAAUACAUUUCAGAGAAAAAGUCGUAAUAUUGAGAGAAUAAUCGUACAUUUAUGUAAAAAAAAGUUGUAAAUUCAUGAGAAAAAGUCGUAAAUUCAUGAGGAAAAAGUCGGAAUAUUACGAGAAUGGUCGUACAUUUACGAGAAAAAAGUUGUAAAUUUUCACAAGUAAAGUUGUACAUUUAUGAGAAAAAAGUCAUAAAUUUGCGAGAAAAAGUCAGAACACUACCAGAAUGGUCGUACAUUUACAAGAGAAAAAGUCGUACAUUUUCAUGAGUGAAGUACAUUUCCGAGAACAAAGUCGUACAUUUAUGAGAACAAAGUGGUAAUAUUACGUGUCAGAGGGAAAAUAGAGCGUAGAUCUUCAGGAAGGAAGGAAACUUUGCAAAACUUACAAAAAAGAGCAGUUGAGCAUUUUGCAUUUAGAUUAGCAUGGCUAGCCCUUGUGACUUCCGCCUUCCUUACUCCGCCCCCUCCACAUGCCUAAGACCAAAGGUCACAUAAGGCCCCCCUUUUCAUAGCUGUCUCAGGCAAUGCUUGCAGCAUA